AUGUCAGACCUCAAACAGGAUCCCUCACUGGAUGGAACCCCGUCAAUAUAUACGGGCACUUCCGAUCCGGAUCAGAUGAAAGAUCAGAAUGGAGACACCGACUAUCUCAAUUCCAAUGGUGCUGGUCCCGAGAAGGCUGUACAACCUGCUCCUCAAUGGGGUAGUGAUGCUCCAGAUGGUGGUCUUAUUGCAUGGGGUGUCAUCCUUGGACUUUGGUGUACUGCAUUUUGUAGUUUUGGUUGGCUAAGCAGUGUUGGUGUCUUUCAAGAGUAUUAUCAGAAUUCCUUGCUCAAAGGUUACUCUGCAAGUACCAUUUCAUGGAUUCCAUCCUUACAAUUUUUCUUAAUGAUGGGCAUGGGUCCUUUUGUCGGUGCCUUGUACGAUAACUAUGGCCCACGUUGGCUGCUCCUCGGUGGCAGUUUUCUGCAUGUCUUUGGUAUCAUGAUGACCAGUCUGAGCACCGAUUACUAUCAGAUCCUCCUUGCGCAAGGAGUUUGUUCUGCCCUUGGUGUAUCAGCAAUCUUCCAACCAUCCGUCAACUGUGCCGGUGGUUGGUUCAAUCGGAAACGGGGAGCUGCCUUGGGAAUUGCCUUUACCGGUUCCAGUAUCGGCGGUGUUGUGUUUCCCAUCAUGGUUUCCGGACUCAUCCCUCAAGUCGGAUUCGGCUGGACAAUGCGCAUCUGCGCUUUUCUCAUCCUGUUCCUACUCAUCAUUGCCAACCUCACAAUGCGUCCUUAUUAUCCUCCUCGACCUCACAAAGUCACCGGAGCAGAAUUGGUCAAACCCUUGACCGAGAUUCCAUUCGUCCUCCUGCUUACAGGGUUCUGCAUAUUCAGCUAUGGCUUCUACAUUCCCAUCAACUACCUUCCUCUUCAGGCACUCAGUGCUGGUAUGAGUACCGACCUGGCUCAAUACUUGCUACCCAUCCUCAAUGCUGGUUCAUUGUUCGGUCGUUUACUAUCUGGAUUUCUCGGCGAUAAACUUGGUCGAUACAACAUCUUCAUCUUCGUCUGCAACAUGACCGGUGUCUGGAUCCUGGCUCUUUGGCUCCCUCACAACACCAACGCAACCCUCAUCGCAUUCGCUGCCCUCUUUGGGUUCUUCUCUGGCGCUUAUGCUUCUCUCAUCACUCCCAUGGUCAUGCAAAUCUCUCCAAUACCAGAGAUUGGUUUUCGUACAGGCAUUGUCUUUUUUGUUGCUUCAAUCGCUGGUUUGACCACAAAUCCAAUCAACGGUGCAAUCCUUGAUCAUUCUGGUUGGAUGGGUCCCAAAAUCUUUGCUGGUGUUUUUUGUAUUGUUGGUACGACCUUUGUCCUCAUUGCAAGACUUAGAGAAACUGGCUUCAAACUACUUGUUCGAUUCUAG